AUGAAACCGGGAAAAAGUGAAGGAAAGGGAUAUUGUACUUAUAUUUUUUUCAGAAUUAAGGUGGUUAACCAUAUCUUUUUUUCAGCACUAUUUUUCAUGUUCACAGAACAAGGAUAUCGAUUUGAUAUUGGUUGGUUCUUGACAGCUACAUCACCGCAUAUGUGGUCUGCUUUAGGCAUCGCUUGUUCAUUGUCGUUAUCAGUUUUGGGAGCAGGCUGGGGUAUAUUUACUACAGGUGCAUCAAUUUUGGGUGGUGGUGUUAAAGCACCACGUAUUCGAACUAAAAACUUAGUUUCAAUUAUAUUUUGUGAAGCUGUUGCGAUUUUCGGUAUUAUCAUGGCAUUUGUAUUUCUUGGAAAAACUCACGGCUUCAGUCGGGCGAUUGCAUCAGAUGUGGUGCUGUCUAAAAACAUUGCUAGUGGAUAUAUGAUAUUUGGUGGUGGGCUAACUGUUGGCUUCAGUAAUUUUGUCUGUGGUUUGUCUAUAGGCAUAGUAGGAAGUGGUGCAGCCCUAGCAGAUGCCGCUAAUCCCGCCUUGUUUGUGAAAAUUUUAAUUAUUGAAAUUUUUGCUUCUGCAAUUGGUCUGUUUGGAAUGAUUAUAGGCAUUGUUCAGGUAAACAACUGUAUAAUUUUUUUGCAGAUUCAGAAAAAAUUUUUAUUACUUUUCAUAGGGCCCAAUACCAAUAAGGUUGCUAUGGGUGAUCAAAUCUAA